UGGAGGCUUCAACUGCGACAACAGGAUUGGAUUCAACCACCUUGGUAGCAAACAUAAAACCGAAACAUUGAAGCGAUUUAGACCAAUCUUGUGUAUAUUAAUCUGUGUUUUUAACAUUCUGUUUACGUAUUUACUAGUUAACAAACGCAAUUUGCUUGUUAUAUGACAUUUGUUAAUUUGUUAAAUUGAUACUGAGUCUAUCACUUUUCAAGUCGCUAACUAGCUAACAUCCCCGACCAUGAGCUCACUAAAUUACUCGCCCCUUGCUAAAGAAGAGGGGGUCUGCUGGACGGAGAAAGAAUCUCUGGGGCUGAACAUUGUCGUAAAAGAAGAAGACGAUGAUUUUCCAGUGGAUGGAGAAGAAGAACCUUUUGGAGUGAAAGGGGAAGAGGGGGAGGUAGAACCGUUUAGAAAUAUUAAGGAGGAAGAUGAGGCUAUUGCAUUGACUGAAAAGGAGGAUGAUAUAGUGAAAGAGGAGGAAGAACCUUUUGGAGUGAAAGAGGAAGAGGAGGCUAUCUCAAUAAAAGAGGAGGAAGACGUUUUGGGAGUGAAAGAGGAGGAGAAUGAAGAUGAGGAGACUGAAGAUGAGACUGAAUAUGAGAAGACUGAAGAGCUGAAUAACACCAGAGAGAGACCCGACUCAGAGGAACCAGAGCCAGAGAUGUCCAAACCAGCAAGACGACUCCACUGCUCUCUGUGUGGAAAUAGUUUCACGCGGUUAGACAGCCUGAAACGACAUGAAAAAACACACACAGAAGAGAAGCCUCAUCACUGCUCCCACUGUGGAAAGCAAUUUAGCCAGUUAGUGAACCUGAAAGAACAUAAUAGAUUGCACACAGAGGAGAAGCCUUACCAUUGCUCCCUGUGCGAACAGAGUUUUAAACGGUUAGGGCACCUGAAAAGACAUGAGAGGACACACAUAGGAGAUAAGCCUCAUUGCUGCUCCCAGUGUGGGAAGACUUUUACUCGAUUAGAACACCAGAAAGAACAUGAGAGAACACACACAGAAGAGAAACCUUUUCAAUGCUCCCAAUGUGGAAAGAAUUUCACCCGUUCAGAACACAAGAAAGAACAUGAGAGAACACACACAGGCGAGAAACCUUUCCACUGCUCACAGUGUGGGAAGAAUUUUACCCGUUUAGGGAGCCUGAAUGAGCAUAAAAAAAUUCACACAGGAGAGAAACCUUUCUACUGCUCCCAGUGUGGAAAGAAUUUUACCCGGUUAUGGAACCUGAAAACGCAUAAGAGAAUGCACACAGGGGAGAAGGCUUACCACUGCACCCAGUGUGGAAAGAGUUUUAGGUGGUUAUGGAACCUAAAGGAGCAUGAAAGAAUACACACCGGAGAGAAGAUUUACCAAUGUUCUCAAUGUGGAAAGAGUUUUACCUGGUUAGGUGACCUGAAAAGACAUGAGAGGACACACACAGGAGAUAAGCCUCAUCAAUGCUUCCAUUGUGGAAAGAGUUUUACAGAGUUAGGUAGCCUGGAAAAACACAGGGGACUGCACACCGGAGACAAGCCCUACCACUGCUCCCAAUGUGAAAAUGUUUUUACCCAGGUAAGACAUCUGAAAAGACAUGAGAGGACACACACAGGAGAGAGGCCUUUCCACUGCUCUCUGUGCAGAAAGAGUUUUUCAGAGUUCGGGAAUCUGAAAAGACAUGAGAGGACACACACAGGAGAGAAGCCUUAGCAAUGCUUUCAAUGUGGAAAGAGAUGUAUCCUGGUUGGGAGCAUGAAAAUACAUAAGAAACUCAAUUCUGGAGAGAAGCCUCAUCAAUGCUCUUUGUGUGGAAAGAUAUUUACCUGGUUAAGGCGACUGAGAGAACAUGAAAGAAUCCAAACCUGAUCAAAUGUUCUCAAUGCUCCCAGUGUGGAAAGAUAUUUACCCAGUUAAGGAAAGACCAUGAGAGAAAACGCAGACAAGAAGCCUUACCACUGUACCCCAGGUGGAAAGAGAUUUCAAAUCACAUUGACCUAAAGUUCAGCACACACACUGCUCCGACAUUUGACUUCUAUUUUUUUUAAAUGUGUGUUUUUUAUGCCACAUUAACUAAAUGAUUUUAAAACCAUGAAUUUAAUAUUUAGUAUGUCUGUUCAAAAUGUAGAGUACGUCAGUCUGAAU